AUUUUAUACACUGUCCAGGCUAAACCCUGGAAAAAAGCUUCAGAGAGCUGUACAGAGGGCAACAAGAACGUGAAAGGACAUUAAGAUACUGACAGAAGCAGAUAUUGAGCCUCAGUGACUAGCUAUGCAAAAAGAUCACUAUAUAAAGAAAAAUCAUACUUCAUAUAUUGACAUUGAGAAGAACCAUUUCUUUCCACACAGCCGAGAUACAGUGCCAUCUUUUAUGAAGUACAGCAAGCAUGCACCAUGUGGUGAAGAAUUUAAAACCCAAAUUCCACAUUAUCAAUAUGACUUUGCUGCAAAAAGUUUGCAACAUUUUCAUGAGCUGCUGGAAGGUAGUUCGCGGAAAAGGAAAAGUUUGUCCAACAAGACGCAAGAUAAUGAAGGUGAUGCAACAGAUAUUGAUGCAAAGAUAAACAUAUUAGAUAAAGACAAGAACUUUCUAAACACAAAUCUUCCAAUGAUUUAUCAUUUACCUCCACUAUCCAGCUAUAACACUAAGAUGAUUGAAUUAGGUAAUUUUGGUUUUGAUUAUUACAGAAGAAUGGAUAACUAUUGGGCAAACCAUAUAAAACAAGAACCAUCAAGGACAAGUGUAAUUUGGCCCAGUGGAUCUAUAUAUAUGCAUGGGUCUUACCCUUACUUUCAUAAGAACUACCUUGAUAUGACAUACCCCUUUAAGAUGUCGUCGGAAAGCUUUCACUUGAAUAGUCCUUUUGGUUUAAAGAGACCAGAGGAACUAAAAAUUAGUCGGUCACAAUCAGAAGAAAAGGAGGAUCAUAAACACAAGGCUGAAAGAGUUGAUGUCAAUGUGCAGAUUGAUGACAGUUUCUAUGUCAGCGUAGGUGAUCAGAAACGUUGGAAAUGCCCAAUGUGUGACAAGUCUUACACAUCAAAAUAUAACUUAGUAACACAUAUCUUAGGACAUAGUGGUAUAAAACCACAUGCCUGUACUCGUUGUGGAAAACUCUUUAAACAACUUAGUCAUUUGCACACUCAUAUGCUAACACACCAAGGUACCAGGCCCCACAAGUGCCAUGUUUGUCAUAAAGCAUUUACCCAAACUAGUCACCUUAAACGACAUAUGAUGCAACACAGUGAGGUUAAGCCGUACAACUGCAGAAUAUGUGGUAGAGGUUUUGCCUACCCUAGCGAACUUAAAGUCCAUGAAGCGAAACAUGAUAAUGGACGAGAGAACAUCUGUGUGGAAUGUGGCCUUGACUUUUCAACUUUAGCUCAGCUGAAAAGACAUCUGACAACCCAUCGAGGCCCUGUCCUGUACAACUGCACUGAAUGUAAUAAAACAUUUCAGUAUCCAAGUCAGCUACAGAACCAUAUGAUGAAGCAUAAGGAUAUCCGACCACACAUUUGCUCUGAAUGUGGCAUGGAAUUUGUGCAACCUCAUCACCUUAAACAACAUUCUCUAACCCAUAAGGGCGUGAAAGAGCACAAAUGUGGAAUUUGUGGGCGGGAGUUCACCCUUCUUGCCAACAUGAAGAGGCACAUCCUGAUCCACACAAACAUCCGGGCCUACCAGUGUCAUCUGUGCUUCAAGAGCUUUGUGCAGAAACAGACUCUCAAGGCACAUAUGAUUGUCCACUCUGAUGUAAAGCCCUAUAAGUGUAAGCUGUGUGGAAAGGAAUUUAAUCGAAUGCACAAUUUAAUGGGCCAUAUGCACCUUCACUCAGACAGCAAGCCGUUCAAAUGCAGUUACUGCGCCAGCAAAUUCACAUUGAAAGGAAAUCUUACCAGGCAUAUGAAGGUCAAACAUGGGGUCACAGAGAGAGGAUAUCACUAUCGAGGUUUGGGUAGAGGAAGAACAGGAUCUUCCCACUCUAUUGUGCUGCGCAACAUGGAGCAGAAAGAACCCUUUGACCUCUCUAAAAAGAGGAGAAUGAAGGAGACAUUUCACCACUCAGAUGGGGAGAGUGUGAAGGGAAGUUCCUCCCAGGAGGAUGAAGGAAGCCACAGCCCUGGAAUAUAUAACCAUGAAACUCAGUACCUGGAAAGUGAGAAUAGUGAACACCCAAGUGUUUUAACCAAAGCAUACUGCAAAGAAAAGGAAGACUUGGUAUAUAACGAAGAAAAUAAAGACAGGGCAAAUAAAAACCAAAAGAAAGAUGAACUUGCAAGAAGGACAUUUUGGUUUGUCUGAUUACUUGUAUUUCAGGCACAAAAACACAAACGUACAUGGGUUACUAGACAAUAAAAAACAAUGGACCAUGGAAAAUAAAGCAACAUUAAAUAUGUAAAAUAAAUGACACAUACCCAAAAAAACUAAAUUCUGCUUAUAGCAGCUACAACAUUUUAUAUAAAAGCAGUGUUUUUUCCAUUUUGCUUGAAAUAUUUUCAUUAAUUGCUUGUAGAUAUAUGUCUAUAAUAGCAAACAUAAUAAGACAAAGCAUAAUUAAUUGAAUUUUAAUAUCAAAGUAAAAUCAUAAUGUUUUAGGCAAAUUAAUACGUAACCUCUUGCCCUGGCUAUAUAGUAUGUCUUAAUAAUGAUCAUAUUAGGUCCAAUAGCAUUUCUGGAGUGUCUUGCUGCAAACUAUACUGCAAAUAGUAUGUAAUAUUGAUGUUUUAUUCUAAUAUUACAUGUAAACUGUACAUUUUGCAUAUAAUUGUUGUUAAAGCUGAUUAUAACAAAAUAUAAACACCAUAAAGAAAUUUUAAAAUGGGAA